GCUACAGUAACUCAGGUUAAGAACAGUUUCAGGUUAAGAACAGACCUCCAGAACGAAUUAAGUUCUUAACCCAAGGUACCACUAUAGAAUAAAUCCACCAGAAAGGCACUAUGAUUAUGUGAAGAACAUGUUGCAGAAUUUGCCUGCAAUAAAAGACCAGCCUGGAGGGGCCUGGCAUCUGGAAGGCCACAGGUUCCCCAAUCUUGGAACUGUGUUUCAGUUUAACCUCACCCACCCAUGCAGGCAGGGUGAGGCAAAACAGGAAGGGGCCGGCCUACCAGUGCAGCUCCCCACAAACCUCCCUUACCUUGGUCAGGCAGCAGUGUCCACAGUGUGAUGGUGGUUUCCAGCAAGAUUUUGCGGUAUACAGGAGUUAUUGCGAGAUUUUGGUGAGAUCUUGAGAGACCUUGCCAGAACCUGCUACUGCCACUUUAGGCUCUCUUUAGGUUCUGCUGCCUGAAGUGGCUGCCUCAGUCAGCCCCAUAGGUGGACUGGCCCUGCACCUAGGAAGUCCGUUGGUUUCAGUUGGCCACAGCAGUUGUUUUCAGUCAGUGUGCCAUGGCAACCUGGGUGCCUUGAACAAUGCUCAGUUGCCGUAAGCAACACUGGCCUCUGUUCCUCUCCCCCCCCCCCCAUGCCCUCUCACAUCUCUGUCUCCCAAAGACUUUCACAGCUGUUUGUUUCAUCCCCAGCCACACGCUCCCCUGAUAAAUGGUACCUCUGGGGCUGGCUAGGGGGUACUAGUCGCCAGGAGCUAAGGUGACCUUGGAGUAAGCAAGCAAGCAAGCGUUUGCUGUGUGCAAUGCCUGCCUGGGAGCUGAGUGCCUGGUGCUGAAGGGGAGCCUUUCUGCCAUGCAGGCCUGGCAGUGCCUGCUGCUGCCAUUGCUGUCUCCCAAGGAGUGGGUGACCGGGACGGAUUUGAAGAUUUCUUUGGACCGGCUAAAUACCUUUGGGGAUGACAUCUUCAAGGAUCCCAAGGUGCUGCAGUCUUACUACUAUGCCAUCUCAGACUUCUCCGUAGGGGGCAGGUGCAAGUGUAAUGGCCAUGCUAGUGAAUGCAUCCCAAAUGAAGAGGAUCAGUUGGUUUGCCUCUGCCAGCACAACACCACUGGGGCAGACUGCGAGUUGUGCCAGCCGUUUUAUCAGGACCGCCCAUGGGCACGGGGCACCGCUGAGGCUGCCAACGAGUGUCUCCCAUGCAACUGUAGCGGCCGAUCAGACGAGUGCUUUUAUGACUGGGAGUUAUACCGACGCACUGGGCACGGUGGCCACUGCCGAAAUUGCCAGGACAACACGGACGGCCCGCACUGUGAGCGCUGCCGCCAUAAUUUCUACCGCUGGGAUACCCAGGCGGCAUGCCAGCCCUGCAGCUGCAACCCAGCAGGUUCCUUGAAUCCCCAGUGUGACAGCUCAGGGGCCUGUGAAUGCAAAGCAACGGUGACAGGCUGGAAGUGUGAGCGUUGCCGAGAUGGAUUCCAUUCCCUCAGUGAAGGCGGGUGCAGACCUUGCGCUUGUGAUGCAGCUGGCAGUGUAGGAACAUGUGACCCUAACACAGGACACUGCAGGUGCAAAGAGAAGGUAGAAGGAUACCUGUGCAACAGGUGCCAACCUGGUAGCUUCAAUCUACAGCUCCACAACCCUACUGGCUGCACCAGCUGCUUCUGCUAUGGCCAUUCAACAGCGUGCACAGUGGCCCAGGGGUAUGAGGUUCACAAUAUCAUCUCUGACUUCAGCCAAGGACUCGAUGGCUGGAAAGCAGUAAAUCCAAGUGGGCAGGAGGUCCCCCUCCGCUGGACUAGAGGAGAGAUCUUCCUGGAGCAAGAGGAGGAAGAGGCUGAUUUUAUAGCGCCAGAGAGGUUCCUGGGUGACCAGCACCUUAGUUACGGGCAGACCCUCUCCGUGUUCUUCCGCAUAGCAAGCACCACACCUGACUUCCAUUCUUUCCCCAUUGGGCUGGUUUUGGAGGGGGAUGGCAUCUCAGUGUCAGCCAGUUAUGCCGAUACAGAAGACAGGAGAAAUGGCACACACUGUGAAGAGCACAUGAUAGCGUUCAGGCUUCACGAGGCUGAGGAAGAAAUGCAACCAGCUCUGUCAGCUUUCCAGUUCCAGCGCCUGCUCUCCAACCUGACAGCGCUUCGGAUCCGGGCCAAAAGCAGUUAUGGACCAGGUAGGAUUCUCCUGAAGGAAGUCCAGCUUACGUCAGCUCACCCAGGCCUCUCUCAGCCUGCCCUGUGGGUCGAAGAAUGUAUAUGCCCGCAAGGAUACGUUGGCCAGUUCUGUGAGUCCUGCGCUCCUGGCUUCAAGAGGGAGGUGCCAUUCGGUGGCCCCUUGGUCAGUUGUGUUCCCUGCUCUUGCAACCAACAUGGCAGCUGUGAUCCUGACACAGGCCUCUGCCAAUGUCUCCACAACACAGAGGGGCCUUCCUGUGAGCGUUGUGCUGCUGGUUUCCAUGGCAACCCCUUCACUGGCCGCUUUGAUGACUGUAAGCCUUGCCCUUGCCCUGGCCAGACGCCUUGCCUGGCUCUCCCACAGAGCGGAGAGGUGGUCUGUACCCACUGCCCACUGGGACAAAGAGGGAGACUCUGUGAGCUGUGCGAUGAUGGCUUUUUCGGGGACCCCCUGGGAAGGAAUGGUCCAGUCCGACCUUGCAGACCCUGUGAAUGCAACAGCAACGUGGACCCCAAUGCCGUGGGCAACUGUGAUCCUGUCUCAGGCCAGUGUCUCCGCUGCUUAUACAACACAGCAGGAGGACACUGUGAGAGGUGUCAGGAAGGCUUCUAUGGAGAUCCACUAGCCACCAACCAUGCUGUGAAGUGUACACCCUGCAAGUGUAACCCUGGAGGCUCUACCAAUGGAGCAGCGACUUGUGAUGAUGUCACCGGUCAGUGCAUCUGUCUCCCCCAUGUGACUGGGCGGGACUGCAGCCAAUGCCAAGCAGGUUAUUAUGACCUCCAGCCAGGAAAGGGUUGCAAAAGUUGCCAGUGUCACCCAGUAGGUUCUCAACACAGCCACUGCCACCCGCUCACAGGGCAAUGCUCUUGUCAACCUGGCGUGGAAGGUGUGUCAUGUGAUCAGUGCCAAGCUGGUUUCUUUGGCUUCUCAUUCCAAGGAUGCCGAGCCUGCAACUGCUCCCAGCUCGGUUCUGUCUCCCUCCAGUGCCAUGAUAACAGCACAUGUGUGUGCAAGCAAGGCUUUGUGGGGUACAAGUGUGACCAGUGCAAAGUGAACCACUUCUAUGACCCUGGGAGCAAUCAGUGCCUGGAGUGCCCUAUUUGCUACAGUCUCGUGAAGGAAGAGGCAGACAAUUUGAAGGCCAAGUUGACAAAGAUGGAGUCAUGGUUGGAGAAACCAAAUUGUGGCGUGAUGAGGGCACGUUAUUAUUCUGCCAUGCUGCAGGACGCACCACGGGGUGACACUCUCCACAGCCGUUACCUGUUGAAAGGUGCCAAAGUGGCUUUCCUAGAAGAGCUUGCUGAGCUGGAGAGCCUAGUGCAUGAUGCAGAGAGCCGGCUAAGGAACACCAGUGAGAUUAUGGGCUGUGACAACCAGAGUGGCACCAAGGGCUGCCUCCUCCUCACUGACAUCCUGCCCAUCCUGCAGUCCACACAACAACAGAUCCGGAUGGCCACCAACACACUGGAUGCCAUGGAGUUUCCAGCUGAGAUGUCGCCCCAGCCCACCAACUGGACCCACCAGGCACAGGAGUCUAGAGUGCUGGCCCAGAGCCAUAUGAAGGCUGCGGCCUUGGUGGAAGACACUGCCCAAAAGGCCAUGCUCCUGUCCAACAAGACCUACCACCUUCUGCGGAGUAUCAUAGAGGACAAUGCAAAACUGGAGUUUAGGGGACAGGUGGAAGAGAGCUACCAGAGAAUCCAAAAGGCACAGGAGGAGCUUGGCUUCCGGAUGGAAGAGGCUACAGCCAAAGCUGAGAAGACUUUUGCUUCAGUCCAUCAGGGCAACAUGGCAAAGAACCUCAUGCAGAUCAGUGUCAUAGAGUUGCACCCCUUGGUUCAGCAGGCUGAAAAUCUUACACAUUGUGCCAAUGAACUGGAGCACCUGGCAGAACAGAAUAAACACCUGGUGGCCAAUGGAUCUCUUAUUGUAGAGGCCAAACUGGAGGGUGUGGCUCAGAGGAUGAAGGAGUUGGAACAGCUAUGGCAAAGGACAAAUGACGCCCACACACAGGCAUCCUCAUCGCUCUCAAAGGGGGAGGCUGUGCUCUCCGAAACAAAGACCUUGUUGGCUACCUUGGAUGGGAUGAAGAGGUUAGGUGCACGUCACAAGCGCCAGUCUGCCACAAACAGGAAAAUGACAGUUGUGCGGGAUCGGGCAAUAGCAGAGGCCCAGAAGAAGACCAGACAAGCUCAGAAGAUUCUGGGAGAUUCCUUUUCAGUCUCUGCUGAGGCCCAGAAAACUGCCAACAAUGCAGAGUUAGUCGCGAAGGAAGGCGCCAAGAAGGCCCAGGACACACUCAGAGAUGCAAAGUGGGAGAAAAGGCGUGUGGAUAAACUUAAGGCACAUGUUGCUUUGACUGUGGCAGAAGCCUCCAGGCAGAAGCGUGAGUCUGAAGAACAUGGCAACAACCUCGCUGGACCUGGACAAGUUGCAGCGGAGAUGAACGAUCUUGAGAAGAGCCUCCGAAAUGCCCAGGGCUCCUUGGAGAUGGACAUUGCGGCACUGAACAGCCUGCUCACCAGUCUCGGCAACAUAGACCACAGUGCUCUGUCAGAAGCUGCACUGAACUUGAGCCAAAUUCAGCUGGAGCACUUGCAGUCAAACCUGGCGGGAUCUGGUGCCCUGGGCCAGCAGCUGAGCACCUUGCAGCAUGAGGCUGAAACCCAGAGGGAGAGGAUCGAGGCCUUCGAGAGGGACUUGGCGGAGAUCCAGAGCGACAAGCAGAACCUGGAAUCCAUCCUCCAGAGCCUGCCUAGCAGCUGCUCCAGCAGGAAGUGACAUGGCCUCCUUAAAAGUGCUCCAGAGCACCAUCCCUGGCAGCACAAGGAACUGAAGGCUUAAGGAACAUGGCGCGGAGGGAGGGAAAGAUGGAAGAAGGUCACUGCCAUGGAGGAAAUGUCAGGAUGUAGGAGGGAUUUGAUUCAGUUCGCAGUUAAAGGCAAAUCUAUCCCACUCCACUUUCUGAAACAAUAUGCAAACUGAAACACAGCCACCCUCCCAAAAUUCACACUUCUCCAAACUUUGCAGUGCAGUUCUCCAGCCAAGUAAUGUGUACAAAAAUGCACAAGCUUGGGAGUAAAGUGUGCCUAGGAAUGUGUGUACAGUAGUACCUCCAGUUACAUAACCCUCUGGUUUCGUAAACUUCGGGAUGCGAAAGCGGCAAACCCAGAAGUAUUUGCCCGGGUUUUGCCGCACGCACAUGCGCAGAAGUGGUCCUCAGGUUGCGGAAACUUUGGGAUCCUACCGGACCUCUGGAACAGAUCCCGUCCGCAACUGAAGGUACCACUGUAUUGGUGAAAAUAACAUACAGCAAUGCAUUGUAUUAGGGAAGAUUAGUUUGCAAAAAUGUGCAUGUUAGGGAGAAAUUUGUACUAAAAUGCCAAUGAGCUUUCACAAGGACUUUAAAAUAAAUUGCAGACUGGUGUGGAAAUGUGGAGAACUGAACUGGAAGAAAGAGAAAGGGAGAAAAUCCAAAAUUGCCAGAUCCGCCCAUUUCCUAAGGAGAUGUUCCCAUGGACAGACAUUGACAAAUGAGUCUAAAGGGGGGGGGGGCAGAACAGAAUGUUAUGUAAGUUUAACAGUGUACAGAUGAUAGCGUUGAACCCUGCAAAUAGUAUUCAAAUUCUUUUAUGAAUUUCACCAGUCAUUGUCCUUAUGGUUGGUUGGGGUUUUUUUUGCAGCAAUAAGUAAAACCUUAAACAAAAUAUAAAAAGUUUAAAUCCUCAGGAAGACAAGUUCAGUGGUGUUUCUGUACAUCAUUUUUGGGACUCUGCCAUUGUCUUAGGUCAAAACCAGUUUUGCAGGUCUUUACAGAGCUUCAGACUGUAUUGUGGAAAAGCCAAAAACUAACGCCCUAUAAAUACAGUAAACACUUUUGUCAUUAAAUGGUGGACAUCUGAUGGAUGGCACCCAUGGCAGAUAGUACAAUUUCUUCCAGUUACUAUGCUUGCAGUUUUGGAGCUGUUUUUACAGAUUUUCACUCUUUUCCUCCCUACCCUCUGCCCCAAAACAUGUAGCCCUUAAAAAGGGAGUAAAAACGUGCAAUUUCCCAUAGCCAUGGAAUUGACUGAAACAGAAGUUGUGUGAUUCACUGAACCUAAAUAUGCCAUGCAACCUGGUCUAGUUUAUUUCUACUGCUCCAUUGAUUUAGAGUGGGGGUGUGAGGGGAGCAGCUGCAAUAAAGAAGGAUGGGGACAACCCUCUUCA